AUGCGGGCCGCGGCCUCGGCCGGCCGCUGGCGCUCGCGGUGGCCCACCAUCCUGCGGAUGCUGGGCGGCGCCGCGACUCCCGCCACGCCAAUCCGAUCCGCCCCAGCCGGCGGCGAAGAUGCGAUCGACGCACCGUCCCGCCUGGCGCUGCUGGGCCUGCUGGCCGGCCUGGGCGCGAUCGUUGGGGGAGUUGCGAGCGCCGACGCGGCCGAGAGCGUGGAUCCCGGCAUGACAACCAGCGGCGCGACCCCUUCGGAGGCCUGGAACUUGAUCAAGCUGGAGACGCGCAAGCGCACGUUCUUCAAGUACGAGAAGCGCGUCAGGACGCUGAGCACGCCGGAGAAGGUGUUCGAAUACUUCUCCAGCACGACGGUGGACGGCGUCAAGUACAUGACGCACUUCGACCUGCUGCGGUCGCUGGUGGCGGUGUACCCACCAGAGGGGACGACGCUGGAGAGGGCGGGGUCGCUGCUGGGCGAACGGGCCCCUGUACCAGUCUGCCCCACCCGGCAACACACGGAUUUCUUUGCACUCUUUGACUUCAGCGGUGACAAUCUCAUCUCCUUCACUGAGUACCUGCUCAUGCUCACCCUGGUGAGCAUCCCCUUGCGGGAUGUGGAGCUCGUGUUCGACAUCGUGGACGCUGACAACAGUGGCGAUGUGGACCACAACGAAUUCAACAAGAUCGUGGACCAGAUGCAGAACAUGUCACGCCAAGCCAAGUCCAGCCGAGGGGGCAUGAGGACUGGCCUCACUGUUGGUGACAACAAGAUUAACGGCAGAAGACCUAGCGAUUUGGAGGGGGUUUAG